GCGCGGCGCGGCGCGGCUCGGCUCGGCUCCGCUCGGCUCGGCGCCCGCCCGACUUCCCAGCGGCCCCGUGCGGCCCGGGCAUGCCCAGUGCGGGCGCAGCGGCCCCGGCCCUGGGAGCGCCCGGGCGGGAGCUGGCGGCCGGGCGCGGAGGGUCCAAUAGGAGCCGAGUGGGCCCGCGUUGGACGAGGGGCCGGGUGGGCCGGAGCCGCGGCGGCGGAGCGGCCGGGUCCUUCAUGAUGAAAGAUUUUGAGACGCUGCUUCCUCCUCUGUGUAGUUGGUAGUUCGGGUGGUGAAGAGAUGGCUGACAGUGUCAAGACCUUUCUCCAGGACCUUGCCAGGGGAAUCAAAGACUCCAUCUGGGGAAUUUGUACCAUCUCAAAGCUAGAUGCUCGGAUUCAGCAAAAGAGAGAGGAGCAGCGUCGAAGAAGGGCAAGCAGUGUGCUGGCACAAAGGAGAGCCCAAAGUAUAGAAAGGAAGCAAGAGAGUGAGCCACGUAUCGUUAGUAGAAUUUUCCAGUGCUGCGCUUGGAAUGGUGGAGUAUUCUGGUUAAGUCUCCUCUUGUUUUAUCGAGUGUUUAUUCCUGUACUACAGUCGGUGACAGCCCAAAUUAUUGGUGAUCCAUCACUACAUGGAGAUGUUUGGUCGUGGCUGGAAUUCUUCCUUACGUCCAUUUUCAGUGCUCUUUGGGUGCUCCCUCUGUUUGUGCUUAGCAAAGUUGUAAAUGCCAUUUGGUUUCAAGACAUAGCUGACCUGGCAUUUGAGGUAUCAGGGAGGAAGCCUCACCCAUUCCCUAGUGUCAGCAAAAUAAUUGCUGACAUGCUCUUCAACCUUUUGCUGCAGGCUCUUUUCCUCAUCCAGGGGAUGUUCGUGAGUCUCUUUCCCAUCCACCUUGUUGGUCAGCUGGUUAGUCUUCUGCAUAUGUCCCUUCUCUACUCACUGUACUGCUUUGAAUAUCGUUGGUUCAAUAAAGGAAUUGAAAUGCACCAGCGGUUGUCAAACAUAGAAAGGAAUUGGCCUUACUACUUUGGAUUUGGCUUGCCCUUGGCUUUCCUCACAGCAAUGCAGUCCUCAUACAUUAUCAGUGGCUGCCUCUUCUCCAUCCUCUUUCCUCUAUUUAUUAUCAGCGCCAAUGAAGCAAAGACCCCUGGCAAAGCAUACCUUUUCCAGCUGCGCCUCUUCUCCUUGGUGGUUUUCUUAAGCAACAGACUUUUCCACAAGACGGUCUACCUGCAGUCCGCCCUGAGUAGCUCGACCUCUGCAGAGAAAUUCCCUUCACCGCAUCCGUCUCCUGCCAAACUGAAGGCUGCUGCAGGCCACUGAGUCGCCUGCCAUCCAGAGGAGAUGGGUGGGUUUGGAAGCAGGCUGUAGAAGCUCUUUUCCUCGUACCCUCCUCUGCCAGGGAACGCAGGACCCGCUCUGCCAAGGGCCCUCUGCCUAUUCCAGUCUGAGGAAUUGGGACUUUUGUCUCUGGUGCGCUUAAGGCAGAAUCUUCCUGACACCAGUGUGUGGAUUUUUAACACUGGUGAGUCUGAAUGGACCACAGGUUUUUCUGUAGCUCUUUUCUAGCACUUGCCAGCCCCCGUGCCUGGACUGAUUGGAAUACUAUUUUUGACCCUGUGCCAUUGACCCUCCCAGCUCCCUGUCCUGCCUUCCACCACCCUCGGAUGAAUGGAUUUUAUAAUUCUAGCUGUUGUGUUUUGUGGACCUGUUAAUUUGUGUUGUUUUUCUGUGAAGCACAUGUAUUGGAUGUGGGAGAGAAAGGAGUAUCUCACUUGCUCCCAGCCACUCCCUUCAUAGCCAUCACUGUCUAGUGUUUCUUGUAACUCAGGUUAGAUUCGGGUCUCUCUGGCUCCACUGCAAAAAAACAAGUCUGAAGAGAUGGGACAGGAGGAAAGACCUCACAGCCGAUCUGCUGGGUUUGGGGGAGUGAUUUUCUUUCUUCCCCUUGAAGGGGAAGAAGCUUUUUCACUGGUACCUUUAAAGUUCCCCAGCUAAAGGGAGGUACCAGUCCUGGACAAGUGCCACUGCAAUACCGAAUGCUCAGAGACCCUGAACUUGGAACUCGGAAGGUCUGAAGUGUACUGCUGGCCGCUGCUGGGUCUGUCUGGUAUUUCAAAGGAAUCUUGGGUGCUGCAAAUAGGAACUGAAGGGGUACACUUAUUAAACCCAUUAAGCCUGUGAUUGGUUGGUGUUUUCCUGUCAUUUUAAAGAGACUAAAUAUGGGGGGGGGCAGAUGUCAAAACACUUGUCCAAUUUUAAAAUGUCACAAUUAAACGUGAGCUGGUUUCC